UCGUGCAUCGACCAUCAACUUCAUACGAUUACGACGAGCUAGCUGCUCUUAUCGUACUUCCUCCCGGGCUCGGAACUGAUCUCGACAUGAGCUGCAAAAUUUAUCUCAUCUGAAUUCACUUCAAAAAUACUACCGUACACUUUGUAUCCAAGUGAAACAAAUUCCACUUCAACACAACUAAACAAAAAAGGAACUUCGCACUUUUCUAUCAACUAUUUCCUUUCAUUUAUAUCGAUGUUUGUCAUACGAUUCCUAACACGCAAUUGCCAUGUCAACUCCCCCUACGCUUACUGAGGCUUUCCGGAUUCUUGGGCAGCGGCGGAAGAAAACUUACACAGAGAACGAAGAAGGGACGAACGAUGCCGUCGAUAUCUUAGGAAUUGUCACCAACAUAUCAACAGAUACGUCAUCUACGACAGUAUUGGUACCCAAUCUAUCGUCUCGUCGUCACUUUGUUUCACGGAGUCGAAUAUGGUUGGUGGACGACUCAAGAUUUAAUGCGCAUGGCGAGGAAUUUCCGCAAAAUUUGACCAGUGCGAGCUUUUUUUUAUAUGGUUCAUCCGAGAUAGACAGGAUUCAUCAAGAAAACAUCAAAGCAGGAGAUAUUGUACGAUUCAAUCGAGUUUCAUUGAAAGAGUUUGAUCCAAGGGGUUUGGCUCAAUUUCGGUUUUCUUCCUACGAUCAUGAACCCGGAGUAAACUGGUUUCGUUUGGGMCAUAUCGAUAARCAGGGGUGUUUCAACGAAARUAGUGGGUUUCAUGAUAAUAACUAUUCGCCAACUGGAAUACCAACAACUAUGAAGACUUCUARGGGGAGAAUCGYGGAGCUCGCAAGCUGGUACAACAAACACUACCAUCUAAUAUCCCGUCUAUCUACUACUUCGAAUAUUGCUUUGCCCACCCGAAGACGGCUGUUGUCCGAGAUCCAAUUCACAUCCGGGGUUCUCAGCAACGUCCGCGUCAAAGUCACGCAAGUUGAUUUGGAACCUGCCAGGUCGGCUGCAAAAAACAUAAGUUACAGGGUCGACUCGAGCCGAAAAAAGAAGCGCAGCCGGAUGACUCUCCCCCCGACGGCAUUUGCYGUUUUUACAGACGAAUCCGGGGUUUUGAUGCCAUUCAUUGACACAUCUGGUCGGUUCGUAGAAAUUCUAAGGUCGUCAAAGAACGCCGACCACAAUUCGUUGUCAUUGUUGAUGACCAAUGUGAGUACCGAAUACCAAAGCAAUCUUCGAGGUUUGGAAACUGUUACGAGCGACAUUGUUCUGGUGCCAACGAGAUCGACUAGUGGGCUUUUGGUAUCUGAUGAGAAGAAUUCAAAUCCGAACAAUGGAAACCACACUGAUGGUAUUAGCGAUUCCGAUGUCAUACAGACACAAGAAACAAUGGAUACUGAUGCCAAAAGAGAACAUACGGUCAUUUCUAGGUUGAUGGAUUUAUGUCUCAACGGAAUAUCUUUGAAGAAGAAUAGCCAGUCAGUGUUUUCAAUACCGUCCAAGUACUUGGAAGCUAUUCUAGACAACCGCGGUAAGAGUUUCAGAAGAAAUGCAAUGGUUCACUUGGAUACCAGUUGUUGCUCCCUGCAAUUGCCACCGAACAACACUUCUGAAACUGUUYGUGUUUUUGAAGCUAAGCCUGGUGUACUGAAAACCCUUUGCGGGAGUCUAGAGGUCGAGGAACUGUCGAAUGAUGAGAUGCUCUGUGAUCACUCGAUGAGGUUUCUUCGCACUCUUGUUCAAGAGGACGUKGUUUUGAAGUGGACGCUGGUAAGAGAAGAAAGGAAGCAGAAUGUGGCUAUUACAAAGGUUGUUUUGCACCGCAUUCCCAGGAAAUCGUAGAAAAAUGCAUAGAGAGUAGAAUGYCAUCUUUUAUCUUUGUGAUCCUGCUUCACCRCGUUCAGGAACAAAAGUUCGGCGAGUUCGAGAGUUGCGUAGCCUACACACAUGAUCUUAUUAUAGAAUAGAAAAUCAAUUUCAUU